UAUGAAGAGAACUCAUAGUUGCAGCGGGCGCUCUCUCGCCAUGAGCUUCUGACACAUUGCUUUGCUCAUCUAUACUUCUCCUUUCGAGGCGACUGCAAUUUAUUAAAGCAGGAACGUAUUCUCUUUAUUUAGCGAACGUCUAGCAGAAUGGGCAGCCACGUGGAGGAAGUGGACUGGGACAGGCUGGAUAAGAACAAGCUCUUUAUUCAAGGAGCCGGAAUGUUUUCGGGCGUUACCGUUGCGCUGUACCCCCUUUCCGUCAUCAAGACGAAGCAAAUGACGCUACCUGGUAUAAGCGGUGGUUUCCAGGGCUUCAAGCAAACCGCGUCCACCAUCAUGCGUACGGAGAGCAUCCCGGGGUUCUACCGUGGAUUCGGGACAGUCAUCUGUGGAACUAUUCCGGCACGUGUGGUCUACCUGACCACCCUGGAGUGGACCAAGAGCCAGGUGGGCAAGGCGGUGGGCGAGCUGGGCCUGUCCGGACCCACCAUCGCCGGACUCGCCAACUUCGCGGGCGGCGCACUCGCCUCCCUCGCCACCCAGUCCGUCACAGUGCCCAUAGACGUCAUCUCGCAAAAGCAAAUGGUGCACGGGGACGAGACCGUUGUGGCGCGCCACCAACACACCCACCGCCGGACACCCCCGGCAGCAGCGACCGCCACACCGGCUGCGGCGGAAAGCAUUAGUAGCAGCAGCAGCAGCAGCAGCAGUGGUGGCCCUAGUAGCAGCAGUUGCCGAGCAGCAGGGGUGGCAGACGCGCCCCAGCACUCCUCUUCAUCCUCCUCCUCGGCGUCAGCAGCAGCGGGCAGCAGCAGUAGCAGUAGUCAGACACGGACAGCGGCGACGGAAGCAGCAGCAGCGGAAGCCUCCACAUCCGGGCGACCCACCACCACCACCACCAGCAGCACCACCGCCCCCACCAGCAAGGUACGGCGCAUCGGGUCGCUUCAGAUGGUUCGUCUUAUCGUGGCGGAGGAGGGGGUGGCGGGGCUGUACCGCGGCUUCAGCGCCUCCGUCGCCACCUUCGUGCCCUCCAGCGCCGUGUGGUGGGGUGCGUACGGCGCCUACCAGAAACUCAUCUGGGCGCUCCGACAGGGGCCGGAGGAGGCGGCAGGCAGCAGCAGCAGCCUCAGCCCUGCCAGCCCUGCCAGCAGUGGAGAGGUGCAGGUGCCGGGGGUGGUGGUUCCCGGUCAGGUGGUGGUUCCCGGCGCGGGCCACUCCACGGGCGAGGUGGUUGCGGUGCAGGUGACCUCCUCCAUCCUGGCGGGCUGCACCAGCAGCCUGGUCACCACUCCGCUGGACCUGAUCAAGACCCGCAUCCAGGUGUCGUACAGGCACGACGGCGCCACCCCCACCUUCACCCAGGUGGCCCGCCAGAUCCUGCGGGAGGACGGCGCGGCGGGCUUCCUGCGCGGUGCGGUGCCGCGCAUGCUGAACGCCUCGCUGUGGGGCACCUGCAUGGUGGCCGUGUACGAGCACCUGAAGCGGAUCUGCGCCAAGGAGGAGUG